AGGAGCUGGGAACAGCCUGGAAGGAUGGCUGUGAAAUCUUCCCGGCCACAUCUGCAGACAGGGGCCAGGCAGCCGCCUGUCCUGGAGUCGAGGAUCUGGGCUGGGCGGCUCCUCCCGGCUCGCCCCUCUUGGAGUUCAGAGUCCCAAGAUUUGUGCUGUCGUUGGCAAAGCCCAGGAGGGGACACUGGGGUCCUCUCUCCGACAGGUCAGGGCACGGAGCUAAUCUAGUCAACCACCACUAAAUCACGUGUGUCUCCCAUCAGACGGCCGGGCCACAGGCCGGGUGUGACGGGCAGAGCUCGGAAGAGGCUGCAGCCCCUCUUGGUGGCUCUGAAAGGACCCUGACUCCGGCUGUCUCGGGUGGAAGAAGAGACCCCGGCCUCUCCCUGCCUUAGCUCCUGUCUGCAGGGUGCCGUCCCCGUCGAGUGAGGAGGUCCAGGCUGUUUUCGGCUGUGCAGACACAGCGGGACAGCUUGCUAUCAACUGCGGCUGAAAAUACCUCGAUGCAAAUGGACAGUUUUAGUGCACAGGGGCUGAAAGCACUAACAGGCACCAGACAGGCAUUUAUCGGUCUGAUGUCAGGAACAUAAUUGCAGACCAGGGCCCAGUGAGGCCCUGAAGACGGUUUUCCCGCCACGUUGUGGCAUGCCUACGGGUGGCCGGCUGCAGCUCUGUGUCUGAGGCCACCUGGGUCGCGAAUUCUGUAUGCAGAACCUGACGUCAAGUGCUGUCACCUGAGUGCUGCGGUGAACAGAGGCCUGACUUCCGGGUGGCUCUGGGCCACCUUGCUGCUGGCCUGGCCACCUGGGUCCUGGGCCACUAGCCAGGUCACGUGUGAGGCAGCCUCUUGUAUUUCUUCCAGAGAUGUGUCUGCCUCCGAGGGCAAGCCCAGCUCGGGCCCAGGCUGCAGCCCACCGUUCCCAGAGAUUUACAGAAAUAUAGCCGUAUAGACACCCACCACCUUCUCCCUGUCCCCCCACUACAGAGGCUAUAAACACUGAGUAAUGCUUUCUCAGCAACCCCUUGCAGCUGGAGGUGACCAUGUGACUGAAUUUUGGCCAACAAGGUGGAGGUGGAAUUUUGCUAAGGGCUUUAAGAAGGCGUCUGCCUCUAUCAUGGCUGGCCCUGCCCCUUCUCCCUUCUUGCUGAUCCAAAUGUUGAUGUGAUGUCUGGAGCUUGGCAGCCAUCUUGUGACCAUGAGGCUACAAGCCGGGAGAGGGAGAGAUGUCCACAUCCUCAAUGUGGUGGGGCUAAGUCUGCCAGAAGCAGCAGCCUCCCCUCUCCAGACUUCUGGAUUGGUGAGGAGAAUCCACCAUUGUUUUCUGACUGGGGCGCUAAGUUACAUGGCAUUUUUAUCCUGAUGUGCAGAUGUGUGGCACAGCCCCAGCAAUUCCGGACUCCUUUUCCAGCCACGGGCUGGCAUCUCUGCUUGGGUGUCCCAGGACAUUUCAUAUGCAACAGAUUUGCUCCCCCCACCUUCCAAACGUGCCCCUGCCCCGAUGCUCUCUCUCUCCUCCCUCCCACGCUGCUCUUCUCUUGUGGGGCCCCUCCCCUCCCCCAGUGGUGGAAAAUCAGGACGUCCCACCUCUCAGACCCUCUCUUGAUGCGCCCGUGGGAGUGUGAGCUCAGGGGUCUAUGGCAGGCCAGACUCCCAAGGAUCCCUGUCAAGGACUCAUCAGCUGGCCCCUCUCGCUGCCCCCCUCCCCAGCUUCUCCUGGCUUCUGAGCAGCAGAAGGGUGCAGUACGGGGCCAAGAGGGGGUAGACUUUGAUGAUUCAGGCCCUUCCUGGGUCUCAGCCCCCACCCCAGAGGCCCCAUGGGGUGGGCGCAGGUAGGUACUCGAUAGGAGCUGAUACACGGAUGACAGGGGUGGGGGGUGGAGGGGGUGGUGCCGGCCCCUCCCAUGCCCCUGAGGGGGGCUGAAGGGCUCGCUCUGCCCCACAGGUGCUUCCAGGCCAUUCUCCUUCUGGCCCUGAUCGUGUUCCUGCUGGCUGGCUUCCUGCACAGGGACAUCAGGCUGUUCGAACCCCUGCUCUGGGGCCAGGCCGAGGGGCCACCCGUUAUCAACGUCAUGUUCCUCAAGACGCACAAGACCGCCAGCAGCACGGUGCUCAACAUCCUCUUCCGCUUUGCGGAGACGCACAACCUGUCGGUGGCGCUACCCGCCGGCUCUCGCUUUCACCUGGGCUACCCCUGGCUCUUCCUGGCGCGCUACGUGGAGGGCCUGGAGUCCCCCGGCCCGCAGCGGCAUUUCAACAUCAUGUGCAACCACCUGAGGUUCAACCUGCCGGAGGUGCGAGGCGUGUGGAGGAGGGCAGAGGUGCAGGGGGUGCAGAAGGUCAUGCCCGAAGACACUUUCUACUUCUCCAUCCUCAGAAACCCCGUCUUCCAGCUGGAGUCCGCCUUCGCGUACUACAAGAAAGACGUGCCCGCCUUCCGGGCGGCGGGCAGCCUGGACGCCUUCCUGGCCGCCCCGCGCACCUACUACCACCGCGGCGCGGGCCUGCGCAACGCCCCCGCCCGGAACGGCAUGUGGUUCGACCUGGGCUUCGACAACGACGCGCCGGCCGACGAGGCGUACGUGCGCGCGCGCCUCGCCGACGUGGAGCGGCGCUUCCAGCUGGUGCUCAUCGCCGAGCACUUGGACGAGUCCCUGGUGCUGCUGCGCCACCUGCUGCGCUGGCGGCUGGACGACGUGGUGGCCUUCCCGCUCAACUCGCGCAGCCGGCGCAGCGUCGCCGGCCUGUCGCCCGAGGCCCGCGCGCGUGCCCGGCGCUGGUGCGCCCUCGACUGGCGCCUCUACGAGCACUUCAACCGCACCCUGUGGGCCCGCGUGGGCGCCGAGCUGGGCCCGCGGCGCCUGCGCUCCGAGGUGGCACGGCUGCGGGCGCGGCGGCGGGAGCUGGCGGCGCGGUGCCUGCAGGACGGCGAGGCCAAGGCCGGGUCGCAGAUCACCGACCGCCGGCUGCGCCCCUACCAGUCGGGCGUGGCCGACAUCAUGGGCUACAACCUCCGGCGGGACCUGGACAACCAGACGCGGCAGAUGUGCCUGAGGAUGGUGACGCCCGAGCUCCAGUACAUGGCCCACCUGUACGCCCGCCAGUUCCCGGGGAAGCCCCCCAAGAACAUCCCCCUCCUGGAGGAAUAGAGGGAUGGGGUCGGGCCCCCCGUGUGACUGCAGCCCCCUCCUGCCAUGGCGGGGAGGCUGUGGCCCCAGUUCAUGCGGGGGCGGGGAGCUCCGCAGCAGCCCCUCUUUAGGGUGAAGACCCCUGUGAAGGCGCCCACCCGGGAUCCAUCCAUUGGAGGGGCCUUUUCGGUGAGGGCCCCGAUCUCGGACAGUAGGGACACCUAGUCUGAGGGCAUGAACCUGUUCAACAGAAUACGCUCACGUGUUUAAUUAGACGUCAGUGCACCAUCCCAGGAAGGAACACACACGGACACGCGGCCCAUCAGAGCGCAUGCCAGCACUGCCGGUGGAAGGAUCCACUGGACACGUGAACCAUCAGAAGAACUGGAACUCAGAGAACCCAGAGGGGCUUGGGCAGCAGGGCCAUGGGUCCCCGAGGGAGCCCAGAGUGGCUCCCUGAACUUGCCGGUCACAGAGACACUUGUGCCGCACCCACAGGCGGCACUUGGAUAACAGGCCCAGGAAACUGGUAUGAGGCAGCGAGUCUGGAAUGUUCAGCUUCCCAUCUCUUUGGCUGUAUGAGGUUUCUGUCCAGCUGAAGAAUGGCUUUAGGUUGAGAAAUGUUCCAACUGUGUAUAAGACGCAUGGUUUGGCCGGAGCACAAGGGGGGGGGGGGGUUAGUCCUGCAGCUCCCUGUUGGGACAGCCCCCCGGAGUGUCUGCCGGAGGAGCCCCCACGGCUGGUGGCACCCUCCCUUGUGCCGGAGACCCCCUCGGAUGCAGCGCCAGAGGGGGGUGGCUUCCAGGCACCCCUGUUUGCCACCCGUGGGGAGGGACUAAGGACCCCCUGCCUAGCAGGACAGGAUCCCUGGCUGCCCCGGGGCCCAGUGCUUAGGGCGGGGUGCACACUGGAACCGGAUGCCCCGUGUCCCGAGAGAAGCGGGGUGCCUGGGGCAGCCAAGAACCAGAACUGCUCUCACACGCUCAGCCGGGAGGCUCAGCCUGGCCUGUCUGCCGGGUGCCCGGGGUCUUCUUCCUUCCACGCCAGGGUCCUCGGCCCGAAGUCCCCAGUUG